UUUUAUCUACCUUAUCAAACAUAGUAUUUAAAUUACUUCUUUCUUAUCAAACUCCUAAUAAAGUCACUAGAUAAAUAAAGGACAUGUCAAAAACACCUGAAAAGGUUCAUGUAGAAUGUAAUAAACCAUAUUCUCUUCUCAUCUUCUUGUGAAUAUGGUUCAAACCAUGUUCUCCAAUCAAAUUCUUCUUUGCGACUUUCUAUAAUCGCAGUUGAUUACUAUAGGGUUUAAAGUUUAGGGUUCAGGAACAGAACCUCGAUUACCAAUUUGACUUUCAUUUUCAAAUUAUAAUAAGAGGUCUUUUUGUGAUAUAAUUUUGAUCAUACUAAUUCUCAUCAUGUCAACUUCCGAACAAGUUGGAGGAGGACGAGGAGGAGGACGAAGACGUCUUAGAGGUGGAGGAAAUAAUGGUGUUUGGCCAGAGCCAUUCUUGGAGGCAUUAGCUACACAAAUGGCUAUUAAUACUACUAGUUCCAUUAAUCGUCUUGCUGCUGCUCAAGCACUCUCAAAUCUUUUCCAGGUUUGUUCAACAUGGAGAGCUGUGUCCCGGUCCGAUCUGCUAUGGCAAAAUUUAAGCAACCGUAUAUGGAACCGCGAUCGUCUUCUCCAUCCGACGUGGCAUGACGAAUACGUAUAUUGGCACCGUACGUCUAAUAAUUUCCGUCAAUGUAGAUACGUAUACCGUACCCUCCAUUUUGUACGAGCAAACAACGACGAUGAUAACAAUGACGGUCUCUCUUGUCGUCGUAUCGCGUUAUCCGAUCGCCAUUUAGCUGCCGGAUUUUCCGAUGGAUCGGUCCAAUUGUUUCAUCUAAUAUCUAGGGCUCAUCUGUCUACUUAUUAUCCGCAACAACGUGACCGGCUCGGCCGGUAUUCUAGGGCUAUUUCGGGAAUUAUUUUAUCGGAUGAGAAACUUGUGUUUGCAUCAUUGGAUGGUGAUAUACAUGUGGUGGUGCUCGGCGAGGCGGAUCAGUAUCCGCCCCGUCGUGCACGUUUAGGUGACGUGGUGAAUGACGGCGCUUUGGUGGAUUUCACCGGCCGUGGUCGGUGGUGGAUUGGCCUCUAUGCAGGUGUACCGGGUCGGGCAUUUCACGUAUGGAAUAGUGAAACGGAGCAACUAAUCUUCGCCGACGGCGAUUUAACCGAUCCCGAGGCAUUAACCGGUUGGCACCUCCUAACCGAGUUAAUGGACCUUGUGGGCCGGGUCCGUGUCACAGCUCGUGACACUGCUGUGGCAUGUACCGGCCCACAACUCGUUGUUAUAGACUUACAUAACCAAGGGUUGAUCCUCCGAGAAAGAUCCUUCCAACAUGAGCUCAUUGUAGGAUCUUUCGACGCCACGAGCGACUCGCUCGUGGCGGUGGACGGACGGGGUGUAGCCACAGUCCGUCGGACUGAGGAUUUGGAUGAGUCGUGUAGGUUUAAUGUGCGAGGCGCGUCGCAACGAGGGGUGGUUGGAAGCAUGAAUAGUAGUGGAUAUGGUGUAAUGUGUGUGGGAGAAGUUAUUAGGGUUUGGGAAGUAGAAAAUGGAGUGUAUCUUUAUAGUUUAAGGGAAAGAAUAGGGGAAGUUAAUGCCAUGCAUGCAAAUGAAAGGCAUAUAGUAGCUUGUUCUAGUGAUGGUACAAUUCAUUUAUGGGAUUUUGGGGCUUAAUAAUUAAUUAAUAUGGGGAUUAAUUAUUAUUAAUUAGGACAUUGGAGUUCCCUAAUUGGUAUAAAAUUUAACAAGGAUAAUUAGGGUUUAAUUAAGGUCUUGUCUUUUUAUGUAGGAAAUUAAACAAUGAUUUGGAGCUCAAAAUGAAUUGUUUCUUCUUUGUUUUUGGCAA